UGUCCUUUGUGAAGAAAAUUCCCAAUAAGAAAGAGGAAGCGAUUUUUUUCAUACGUAAAUAUUUUAACAAAUUGGAAAAAAAGGAAUAAAAAUUUUUUAAGACGUUAAAACAAAUAAAAUUGUAAUUAUUUUUAGAAAUUCCCACUAAUUAAAUACAAAAUAAUGCAAUGCAUAUAAAAUAAAAGUGAAAUAAAACGUAAUAAUUAAGAAAAGAAAAAAAUUACAUAUAGACAGAAAACAAAUCACAAGAAAAAACAAGAAUAGAAAAAAUGUCAUUUGUGCGUACGGCAGCAGCAGCGGGUGCUGCCACGGCAGGCAGUGCAGAAUCGGUGCAAAAAUUUGUUGAGGCUUUACAGUCGGAUUUCAAAACAUUAUCGCUGGAAACUAAAAAGAAAUAUCCACAAAUCAAAGAGUCCUGUGAAGAGGCAAUUUCGAAAUUAUCCUCGGCCGGUUCAAAUCAGCAGCAAUCUGUUUACUAUACUGUCAAUCAAAUCUUAUACCCUUUGGUUCAAGGAUGUGAAACGAAAGAUUUAAAAAUUAUAAAAUUUUGUUUGGGCAUGAUGCAGCGUCUUAUCACCCAGCAGGUGGUUGAUCAAAAAGGUGCACGCUAUAUAACCGAUGCCUUAUGGAUGUUAAUGGAACACAAUAUAGAAGAGGUUAAAGUUUUACAGACAGUUACCCUCUUACUUACCACCAAUACUGUAGUACAUGGUGAUACUUUAGCUAAAUCUCUUGUUUUAUGUUUCCGUCUUCAUUAUACCAAAAAUUCUACAAUUGUUAAUACCGCUGGAGCGACUAUACGUCAAUUGGUAUCAUUGGUUUUUGAACGUGUUUACUUGGAAAAGGAUUCUAUAACAUCGAUACAACAAAAAGAUGCCGCUGGUAAUGUUGUAGAGAUUGAUGUUAGCGAUAAUAGCGUUGGCGGUAAUGGUUCUAAUAUACCAGGAGCUCCUCAUGAAAUGUCAACUUUUGCUUCGGAUGCCUUUUUCUUGUUUCAGGAUCUGGUACACUUGGUCAAUGCUGAUCCCCCGCUUUGGCUAGUGGGCAUGAAUGAAAUGACUCGUACUUUUGGCUUAGAACUAUUAGAAGCUGUUCUCACUAAUUUCAGUGCCGUAUUCCAUGAAAAUCGUGAUUUUCGCCUACUACUCAAGGAACGCGUCUGUGCUUUGGUUAUUAAGCUCUUCUCACCCAAUGUUAAACACCGUUCAUUGCCCACCCAAAAUGCCAACGGCAAUACACCAAGCGAUAAACCAUACUUUCCCAUUAGUAUGCGCCUCUUAAGGCUGGUGGCGAUAUUAAUACAAAAAUAUCAUACUAUACUAGUGACAGAAUGUGAAAUAUUUCUAUCGUUAAUAAUCAAAUUUCUAGACCCAGAUAAGCCUCAUUGGCAAAGGGCUUUAGCAUUGGAAGUUAUACAUAAAUUGGCUACAAAACCUUCGCUGGUGGCAUUCUUUUGUAAAUCGUAUGAUUGUAAGAAUCAUGCAACAAAUAUUGUGCAGGAUAUGAUAACGGCAUUGGGUACUUAUGUGCGUUAUUCGUUAAUAAAUUCGGCGGCAUUAUUGAAUGGCCAACAGAAUGGUGCCCAACAAUUGAAUUCAUUAACGGCCCACAAUUCAAAUAAUCAAUGUGGUUUUGUAUUUCGUGGGGCCUAUAUGCCGCUGGUGGCCACUUUUGCUCCUGGUUUAGCAAAGGCAGUGUACUUGGAAAUGUUGGAUAAAUUGGAGGCCCCUAAUAUACCCGACAGUUAUGGUAUUUCAGUGGCCUAUGCCAUACUUUUGGAUAUAACACGCUCCAUAGGAGGAGUUAUACAACGUACACCAGAAGUGGUAAUUGAAAUUAUAUUUAAGCCGCCUUUAACAGUUAGUAAUGGUUUUAUUUUCCAGCAUCCCACACAUAAUAUGGCUGUUAUUACCGAGGAGGAGCAUAAACCUUUAUGUCUACAAUUAAUAAAUUCCAGCUGGUCUGGUUUAUUAUCAGCAUUUGUACCCUUAGUUGAUGCUUCCAUCGAUGAAGCCACCACCGAUAAUAUUUUAAAAGCCAUGCAAAACUAUGCUGCCUUAUGCGGCAUUAUGGAUUUACUUAAUCCUCGAGAUGCUUUUAUAAUGGCCAUAUGUCGUGCUUCAUUUCCACCUCAUUAUGCCAUGUCCAUUUUUGCCAAUAAUCCACACAUGGAUGUGGAUUUACGCUGUCAUACCCGUUCGAAUAGUCAAGAUUUAAACAAUCAAUUUAUGAGCACUUGUCAGGAUACUGGUGAUUUUCGCCAGCAGAUAGUGGCAGUGGGUACACCACUGCCUAGUGCUUCUCUGCCGCAUAGUGUAAUGCAGGCACCCGUUAUGUUGACCACCAAAAAUCUGCAGUGUAUGCGCGCUAUUUUGUUUUUGGCUCAUAGUAAUGGCAGUAUUUUGGGCACAUCAUGGCAUAUUGUCUUACAGACUUUACAGCAUUUGGUCUGGAUUUUGGGUUUGAAACCCUCAACCGGUGGCAGUUUACAAGCAUUCCCCAAGCCCGCUGUGGAAGCUAAUGUGGGCAUACAAACAGCUGUUAUGGCUGAUCUACCAGUAUUAUCACAAAUGUUAAGUCAACUCUUCGAAUCAAGUCAGUAUUUAGAUGAUGUGGCUUUACAUCAUUUAAUCGAUGCUUUGUGUAAAUUGUCCCAUGAGGCCAUGGAAUUGGCUUAUGCUAAUAGGGAACCUUCUCUAUUUGCUGUGGCCAAACUGUUGGAAACCGGUUUGGUUAAUAUGCCUCGCAUAGAGGUAUUAUGGCGUCCUUUAACCAAUCAUCUUUUGGAAGUUUGUCAACAUCGCCACAUACGUAUGCGUGAAUGGGGUGUAGAGGCCAUUACUUAUUUGGUGAAGUCUGCUUUGCAAUACAAACACAGUCAACCGUUAAAAGAGAAUAUGAAUUUGCAAACCAUGCUCUUAAGCCCUCUCUCCGAAUUGUCAACCGUUCCCCAUGCUGAUGUACGACAAAGACAAUUGGAUUGUGUAUUACAAAUUUUAAAUGGUGCCGGUGAGAUAUUAUCAUUUGGUUGGCCAGCUAUUAUCGAAAUAAUCGGAGCUGUCAAUGAACAUCAUGGUGAACCUCUAAUACGUACAGCAUUUCAAUGUUUACAAUUGGUUAUAACGGAUUUCUUGACUGUUAUGCCUUGGCGUUGUUUGCCCUUGUGCAUCAGUACAGCGGCCAAAUUUGGUUCACAAACACAAGAAUUAAAUAUUUCCCUAACAGCCAUAGGUUUAAUGUGGAAUAUUUCGGACUUUUUCAAUCAAAAUCAAGACAAAUUAAUGUCUACCCAAGUGGAUGACUCCACCAUAUUACCAGAUUUUCCUGGUACAGUUAAAAUGCCACAAUUUGAUAAGUUAUGGAUGUGUUUAUAUGCCAAAUUAGGUGAACUUUGUGUGGAUUCACGUCCUGCUGUACGCAAGUCUGCGGGGCAAACUUUAUUUUCUACUAUAUCGGCUCAUGGUAGCCUGUUAAAUCCGCCCACUUGGCAGGCUUUAGUUUGGCAGGUUUUAUUUCCUUUGCUGGACAAUGUUAGAGCUCUUUCUAGCUCGGCUAGUAAUGAGAAAGUGGAUGCUAGUGGCAAUAUUUUAAUACAUCAUUCCCGUAAUACCGCCCAAAAACAAUGGGCAGAGACACAAGUUUUAACUUUGUCAGGUGUUUGUAGGGUUUUCAAUACUAAACGAGAUUUAAUACAAAUGUUGGGCGAUUUUGAUCGUGCCUGGUCUUUAAUAUUGGAAUUCAUACAAAAUGCUGCUCUAAGUAAAAAUGGUGAAGUAUCAUUGGCCGCUUUAAAAUCUCUCCAAGAAAUUAUGUAUCAUAAUGCUGAUCCCAAACAGUGUGGUGGUGGUGGUGGCGAUAAAGCGGGUGGUGAUAAAGCCAAAUUGAAAAGUGAAGAAAUUUGGAAUAUCGCCUGGAAAAUUUGGCUUAAUAUUGGCAUGGAGAGUACAAAAAUGUCGGCAAAAUCUCAAGACUCUAGCCAGGAAGAAUUCUAUAUACCAAGUCAAGCUUAUUUGACAGCACUAAUGCAGAUAUUCCCGGCCAUAUUUCAGCAAAUACAAAAAAGAUUUAAACCAACUGAUUUUGAUAAAUUCUGUACAGUCCUAACCAAUGCCGUUUGUAUACCCGUACAAACCGAAGCAGUUCCUUACAUAAUGUCUUCAGUAUCGGAUUCAUUAUUAACUCCACUACACGAUAGUAUCCUAGAAUGUAUGGAAUUGAUACAAAAGGAAGCCACAAAAGAUGAAUCCAAUUUAAGUCAUAUGAUUCCUGCUAUAUUCCGUCAAUUGUUGGUAUUUAGUAAAUUUGCCUGUACGCCACCCACUUUGCAGGUUAGCGAACAGCAUAAAUAUGCCAAAACAACGAAUCAUUAUGGUAACAAUAGUUCAGUGGAGGUGGUUAGCAUGAAUUACAUACCAUUUGGUGAGAAAUCCAUAAGUAUAUGUGUAAAAUUGUAUCAAACUACCGCCAUGGAGGAAUCAGUUAUGCAGGAGCAUAUUUUACAUGAAAUAAUUAAGGCUUUACGCACUCCUUUAGCUAUGAAAUAUAAAUGUUUGGCCUCUAGUACUUGGAAACUAGCUAUCUCAAGUUUAAUCACUGUUCUACAUACCGGCUUAAAAGUGGCCAGAGCGAAACCAAAUCAUUUUACUGGCAUGUGGGAUGAUUUAGCCGAUACUCUAGAUAAAUUUUUAUUCCCUCAAAGUGUCUGCACCAUUGAAGAUCGUGGCCUUGAAGAAAUUGUCCUAGACGAAACCAUCGAUUGUCAAGUUAUUGAAUUAUUACGUGACGAAGUUUUGCCUUAUGCCCAUGAAAUGCCUCAUCAAUUUAUUAUGCAAAUUGUGGUAUUACUUAAUAAGGGCUCCAUACAUUCCGCUUCAGAUACGAAUAUUUGCUAUGAAUCCGAUUGGAAAUUACGUGAAAUUUUUGCCAAAACAUGUUUUGAAACCCUUUUGCAAUUUUCUCUAUUAGAUGAUAAUUGUAAUAAUAAUCGCUCCUCAACUUCGAAUACUUCAUUGGCUUCUAGUUCGGCGGUAAAUGCUUUAAAUGCUAAUAUAGCGAAUGCAGUUGGUGGUGCGGGUAGUGGUGGUAAGGAUUUUGCUGGUCGUUUAGCGGUUACCGCUUUACUACAUCGUUUCCAAGAGGUGCUGAAACGUUUCAACGAUGACGAAAGACAGAGUGGGAAAUGUCCUUUGCCAAGAUUCCGUUUAUCAGAAAUAUCGUUUGUUUUGAAAGCCAUCGCCACCUUGGUAAUCUCUAUGAAAAAGGCGCCAGCCUCUAAAGUUAAUAAACCCGCAUGGGAUCAAUUAAUUGGUCUUUAUCCCUAUUUAGUGGAUUGUACCACAACCACCUCACCCGAGGUAUCACGUUCUUUGAGAGAAGCUUUACUACAAUAUACCGACUUAUUGCAGGCGCCAAAAUGUUUAACUAGCGAUAGCAACAGCACCAACCUUUCCCCAACAAACGAAUUGACAACACAACAACAACAAUCGAAUGGACAAGAGUGAAAAAUAUUUUAAUAUUUAAGCUAAACUAAAAGAAAAACAGAACAUUUUAAACCAAAACUCUUUCAAAACUUAUUUUGAGACUCGUAAUAUUUAUUUAUUUUUAUUACUAUUUUUAAAAAAAUUUUGUUUUUAACAAAAUCCCAAAAAUAUUGCAAAUUUAAGUUUAAAAUUUUUAAUUCCAAAUAAAAGAAAAACCGAAGCAAAAUACAUAAAAAAUAUAAUAGAUAUUAACAAAAAAUAAACAGUAAAUAGCAAUUAUACAUAAAACUUUAUAUACACAAUAACUACAACAACUACACCUGGUUAAUAAUUUAUAUACUUACUUACAUAAGUAUGUAUGUAUGUAGUAUAUACACCAAACCAAAUAAUAUAAACAAAUAUUAAACUAAUAAAUAACCAGCAUGUUUUAAGGGAAAUGAUUUUAAAAGUCUAUUUUCCUUGAAAUAUGCUUAACAAAUAUGCUCUUUCCUAAAACUGGUCAAAAUUUUCGGGUUUUAUUUAGAUUGCAAAGAUUUAAGAUUUACAACUUUUGCUUUAGUUUGAAUUUUAAUCGAAAUCUAAGUUUGACUAGUUUGGAAAGAGGUUAAAAAUAUUAAUUAAAAAUACAGUGAAGACCAUACGACCAUAUAUAUUUCAAUGAUUAACUGUUAAAUAUUUCGUCACUGGCUCAAAAUCCUUCAUGGUCUAUAGUUUUCGAAUGAUAACUCAUCGAACUAUUGAGAAAUUAAGAUUUCAGUAUAUCUUCAGAAUUCAACAUGGCAUCUUUUAUAGACUCUAGUUUUUAGAAGAGUAUCUUCUAUAGCCACUUGUCUAUAGAAGAGUGUCUUCUAUAGAUACUAGUCUAUAGAAGAGUAUCUUCUAUGGCCAUUUGUCUAUAGAAGAGUGUCUUCUAUAGACACUAGUCUAUAGAAGGGUGUCUUCAAUAGAAACUAGUCUAUAGAAGAGUGUCUUCAAUAGAAACUAGUCUAUAGAAGAGUGUCUUCUUUAGACAUUGUCUAUAGAAGAAUGUCUUGUAUAGACACUAGUCUAUACAAGAGUGUCUACUACAGACACUAGUCUAUAGAAUGGUGUCUUCCAUAGACAUUAGUAUAUAGAAUGCUAUCUUCUAUAGCCACAAGUCUAUAGAAUGGUGUCUUCUAUAGACAUUAGUCUAUAGAAGAGUGUCUUCUAUAGACACUAGUCUAUAGAAUGCUGUU